CUACUUCUGAGAAACGUCAGAAAAUAUUUACGUGAACUGGUUUUAUUUCGUGUUUUUUGUUGCUCCACUAAAGAGUUACUGCACAGACAACACAAUAUUCGCCAGCGCAAUAAUUCACACAGCAAAUAUCAACGAAAAGCGUCUUUGCGCAAAUUGCCAAUCAGUUCAGUUACGCGAAAAACGUGCUCGGCUUGGGAAAGUGUCGCGUGCUUCUUUGCCAAAGCAAACACCGUCCAAAUGAGCCAACAACUGCUGACUGGCAGAGGUCCGCUUGUGGAGGUCGUCGUCGUCGUCGUGUAGAGUGUGCUAGAGGGGGGGAGCUGAUCUCGAUUUCCGUGACUGUGUUUUAUCGCGAAACUAUUGUGCGUAGUUCAGUGGGGGUGGUGGCGGUGAUAAAGGGUGGUGAUUCAUUGCAUUCCGCAUUCCGAUAACAAGUGUAGCGUCCGUGUGAGUGUUUUGCUUGAAGCUGAUAAAGGCACAAACCUUCCAAAAGCAAUCGAAACAACAACCCACAGCCAGCAGUUCCACCUCCCAGGCAAACACCACCACCCACACCUUUCGCCACGAGCAGGAGGAGUGUUGGCAAGCGAUGACAAUGGGAGAUGAUGCGCCCGUCGUAACCUCCCUGGUGCUGCCAAUUCUGAUACGACCGAUAUUGUCCCAGCUGGAACGGCGCGAUGUGGUCGCCUCGCAGACGCUCCGGGCCGCGCUGACCAAGGCGGAACAGAGCCACCCGGGGCUGACGUACGAUCUGGUGAUGGGCAUCAUCAAGAAGGGUGACAUCAACGUGAACAUGAACGAAAGCAUCCUCAGACUGCAGGGUGCGGCCACAGACACGGACUUGAUUGAAUAUCGGCUCAAUCGGACGGAGGAUGCAUUCCAGGAGCUGAACAAAAAGUCGGCCGCACUGAAGCGAAUCCUGAGCCGCAUCCCGGACGAGAUCGCUGAUAGGAAAACGUUCCUGGAAACGAUAAAAGAAAUAGCCAGUGCCAUCAAAAAGCUGCUCGAUGCGGUUAACGAAGUGGUCGGCUUUAUACCGGGCUCGUCCGGCAAACAGGCGGUGGAGCAGCGGAAGAAGGAGUUUGUCAAGUAUUCCAAAAAGUUUAGCACCACCCUAAAGGAGUACUUUAAGGAGGGAGAGGCUAAUGCCGUAUUCGUAAGUGCCCUGUACCUGAUACACCAAACGAAUCAGAUUAUGAUAACGGUGAAGAAUAAGUGCGAGUAGUGCGAUGACGGUCGUCAAAGGGCUGGGAAGCAAAAUCAUGAGUAUUUAAUGAUAAAGAAGUUUUGUUACUUUGUUUUCUCUUUUUUUGUAUUGUUUUCUGUUAAGUCUAUUUCCCCAACGGCGGCGUCCGUUCAAUGCAUCAGAAUCAGUACUACACAGAAUAGGGUAGGGCCUGUUUCUAGCGAUCGUUGUUCCCCCAUUUUAAUAUGCGGCACGUUUCUUAAGACUAGCAGGAAGGUCGCAACGCAAGAUAGAACUGGCGCUGGAGUUGGAAAUUGAUACGAAUAUUUACAUUUUCUGUAGUGGAGGGAGGAACAGCCACUAACAGGUAUAUUGGAUGGUGCAACCGUUUGUGCUAAAGCAAGAAGGCGAAGCAAUUUAUAAUGAUGAGAGAGACUUUAGUGAAGGGAUGGAAGGAAGGAUUAGGAUUAUUAUUACAAUUAUUAUAAUUAAUAUUAUUCUCUCUCCACACACAGACACAUGGGAGAAGCAGAAAGGACUGUUAGAGCAAACAAGAACACUAUAGGAAGAGACAGAAAUAGAAGAAAGAAGGGAAGAGUGCGGAAUGCAGCAUUGUAUUAGAGAAAAAGGCUAUCAAGGUUCAACAAGAAAUCGUCUAUAUAUACACACACACACUCCCAUACAACUACUUUGAAAUGUUGCCGACUAGAAGAAGAAGAAGAACGAGAAGAAGAUAGCGCGAUUAUAUUAAAACAAAUCCUAUGAUAACGUUAUUAUUUCUUUUUACUAUAAAACAGGAAGAACGAACCGCGUGGAGCCGUGUGAAGCAAAAAUAUUAAUAAAAAUCCAUACACAGCUAUAGUUUUACACAGA